AAAACUAUCGUUCAGUUAAUUAAUAGUUAUUUUAGUAUUUAAUACAUCAUGUUUAGGACAUUACAUUAUAGCAAUAGAAUUUACGGAAUAUGUAGAAUACACGGCGAAUAUGGAAAACUUCUAAAGCAGAAUUACAGCAGCAAGAACAUUACUUAUCCAGAGAGAAUAUUCUCUGGAAUUCAACCCACAGGUAACAUGCAUUUAGGAAAUUAUUUGGGUGCCAUACAGAAGUGGAUCGAAUUGCAAAAUUCUGGGAAGAAUGUUAUAUGGAGUAUUGUUGAUCUUCAUUCUAUAACAUUGCCACAAGAUUCUAUAGAAUUGAGACAAAAUAUACUUAAAAUGACAGCAACGUUGUUGGCGUGUGGAAUAGAUCCAGAGAAAAGUAUUUUGUUUCAACAAUCUACCGUUUCAAUGCAUGCAGAAUUGAGCUGGAUUCUUGGUUGCAAUACAACCAUGCCUCGGUUGGGACAAUUGCCACAAUUUAAAGAAAAAAGUGAAAAAGUCAAGGAAGUACCUCUGGGCUUAUACAUUUACCCUGUUUUGCAAGCUGCAGAUAUAUUACUUUAUAAAGCAACGCAUGUACCUGUUGGUCAGGAUCAAGUACAGCAUUUGCAAUUGGCCCAACAUUUAGCACACACGUUCAACAGAAAGUUUAAAGAAACAUUUCCAAUACCUCGUGCUCUUGUGAACCAGGAUACCAGUAGUAGAUUAAAGUCUCUAAGGGAUCCAACAAAGAAAAUGUCAAAAUCAAGCAAUGAUCCAAAAAGUCGAUUGGAAUUGACAGAUGAGCCAAGAGUAUUGUUGAAUAAAAUAAAAAAAGCUGUUACAGACUUCACUUCUACAGUCACUUUUGAACCAGAGACCAGACCAGGUGUAUCGAAUCUUAUUGCCAUACAUUCGUUACUUAGUGGGAAGUCUCCUGAAGAGAUUUGUAAGGAAGCUGAAAAUGUUGAUACUGGAGAGUAUAAAUUCGUUGUAGCUGACGUGGUCAUUGAAAAAUUGACUCCAAUUAGAGAACGUAUAAAUCAGUUAAUUAAAGAACCCCAGUAUUUAGAGAAGGUUUUAAGCGACGGUGCGGAAAGAGCUACGUCCAUUGCUGUGAAUACUUGGCUAGAAGUCAGAAAUAAAGUGGGAUUAGGCAAUAAUGCAUUAGUCACAAAUAUGCUAGAAUUACAAAGAGCUGCUAGUAGAAGGAAAUGAUAAUUCAUGAAUUCUUAUUAUACAAUAAACAAUUUAUUUAUACAAAGUA